UCUCUCUCCCUAACGCCAACACAAAGAUUUCAUGACCCAAACACGACCCAACAUUGACACCCUCGCCUUCUCCUUCCUACUUCUCUCGGAUAUCUCUUCGUCCCGAUUAUUUUUCCCUUCUAUUUUUUUAAAUUUUAUUUUCCAUUACUAAUUCUUUAUAUAUUUGUACUUAACAUAUACACGACCCAUACUUUAUUGAUUUGUUUAUUUAUUUUUUGUUCUGUUUUGAAUCUCAAUUUUUUCCUUCUCUGCUAAUUACCUCUCUUCUUUCCCGAUCUCUCCGAUCAUAUUGAGCGGAUGCUGCAGUUUUUCUUGACUAGGUUUUAUUCAAUUAUAGUAUGUUAAUGUAACGAUGAAUCAAGGAGUUAAUAUGCAGAGUAUUUCCCAUGUCGACCCGAAUUCGCUUGAGAGUCGAUAUGUUGUUGAUGCAAGCCAGCCACAUGCUUCUUCAUAUCUUCCGCCCACAACUGAAGCUGCUCCAUGGACCAUGCAUAGGGUGGAUAAUCGUUCCACAGAAUCCACUUAUCACCAUGAUCAGCAAACAGAGCCACCUGCAAGAUCUGUCCAACAAGGCCUGAAUGCAACAUCUCUUGCUAGUUCAUCGACUUUGGGGACAGCAAGUGCCUCACAGGACUAUAGUAGCUUUGCGUCAUACUCGAAUCCUACAGAUCCAUAUGGUUAUGCGAGCACAGGAUAUCCAAGUUACUAUAAUGGCUAUCAACAGCAACCUAACCAUUCAUAUUCUCAGCAGCAACCUAACCAUGCAUACUCUCAGCCUCUAGGAGCAUAUCAAAACACAGGUGCUCCUUAUCAGCCUCUUUCCUCAUUUCAGAAUACAGGGUCUUAUGCUGGCACUCCAAGUUAUUCAGCCACUUAUUACAAUCCUGGUGAUUAUCAGACAGCUGGAGCUUACCCAAGUAGCGGAUACAGUAAUCAGACUGCUUUAUGGAGUGAUGGAAAUUAUGCAAACUAUACAACUCAUCAGUAUGCAAACUACACUUCAGACACAGCAAGUGCUUAUAAUUCUGGUACUGCAGCUGCAACUCCAAUAAAUUACCAACAGCACUACAAGCAAUGGGCAGAUUAUUACAACCAAACAGAAGUAACUUGUGCUCCUGGGACGGAACACUUGUCUGUUGCUAGUACAUCUAAUCAGGUGAACUCAGCUUCUGGUGUUACUGGGGCAUACCCAAAUUCCAACAGCCAGCAUCCCUCUUCUUUCACCACGUCUUGGAGGCCGGAAUCCACUUCAUCUGAGUUGCCUUCUUUACAGGGGGGCUCAACUACUAGUGGUACUCAUGAUGGCUACUGGAAACAAGGAACUUCAAGUUUUCAAAAUAAUCAUGCUAGUCCUACUCCUAUGCAACCACACUUUCAAAUAACUUUGGAUUCAAAAUCUUCUUAUGAUAAUUUUCAGGAACAACAAAAGACUAAUCCUCAAGUUCCUAAUUCACAAUAUCCUGCUGCUCAUCAGGUGCCCCAGAGUUAUCAAUCUCCUGUACAAACAGUUCCAUCACUAGAUACGCGAAGGGUAAGCAAAUUGCAGAUCCCAACAAAUCCUAGAAUUGCUUCAAAUUUGGCUUUGGGUUUGUCAAAACCCGAAAAAGAUGGCUCUGCAAUUGCUACAGCAGUGGCAAAACCUGCCUAUAUUGCUGUCUCAAUGCCAAAGCCAAAUGAUAAAGUGUUGUCUAAUGAUGCAGCGGACUCAAUACUUAAGCCUGGUAUGUUCCCCAAUUCCCUACGCUUCUAUGUUGAAAGGGCAUUGAGACGUUGUCAAGAUCACUGUGAAAAUGAUCCACAAAUGGCAGCUUGUCAGUCUGUUAUGAAGGAGAUUAUUACUAAGGCAACUGCUGAUGGCACGCUUCACACUCGGGACUGGGAUACUGAGCCCCUUUUUCCUUUACCAAACCCUGAUUUGCCCAAUAAGGAGAGUUCACAAUCUUCAACUCCUGUUGCUUUAUUACCGAAGUACAAAAGGAGUCCAAGUAAACGAUCUAAAAGCCGGUGGGAGCCUUUACCUGAGGAGAAGUUGGUUGAAAAACCUAUUUCCAUCACUAUUGAUAGUGUAAAACAUGCUGGUUGGGAUAGGAAGCCUUUAAGUGGGAAUUCCGACAGCAAGGAUGAUGCCUUCGGUGACAUUAAGUUUUCUUUACCAGAGAACAAAACGAGUAAAAGUGCACAGAGACCAUUCAAGAAACAACGUCUUGCUGAUGGUUUCAAUGGCGUUGAAAAUGGUGAUGUGUCAAGUGAUAGUGAUAAGGAACAAAGUUUAGCAGCUUAUUAUUCUGGUGCAAUAGCACUUGCAAAUUCACCAGAGGAAAAAAAGAAACGUGAGAAUCGCUCUAAGCGUUUUGAAAAGGGGCAAGGGCAUCGAUCAGAAAUUAAUUACUUUAAACCGAAAAAUGCUGGAGCUGGAAAUUUGUACAGUAAACGUGCUAGUGCUUUGAUGCUUAGCAAGAAUUUUGAUGACGGUGGAAGCAGAGCAGUUGAAGACAUUGACUGGGAUGCACUUACUGUUAAAGGGACCAGCCAAGAAAUUGAGAAACGUUAUUUGCGCCUCACUUCUGCACCUGAUCCUUCCACUGUGAGGCCAGAAGAAGUUCUAGAGAGAGCUCUGCAUAUGGUUCAAAAUUCCCAGAAGAACUACCUUUAUAAAUGUGACCAAUUGAAGUCUAUUCGCCAAGAUCUAACUGUACAACGAAUACGGAAUCAGCUAACGGUUAAGGUUUAUGAAACUCAUGCUCGGUUAGCGGUGGAAGUAGGGGACUUGCCCGAGUAUAAUCAGUGCCAAUCACAAUUAAAAACCCUCUAUGCUGAAGGAAUUGAAGGAUGCCAUAUGGAGUUUGCAGCUUACAACCUACUUUGUGUUAUCUUGCACUCUAAUAAUAACAGAGAUCUUGUAUCAUCAAUGUCGAGAUUAACAAAGGAAGCUAAGAAGGAUAAAGCUGUUAAACAUGCUCUUGCAGUUCGUGCAGCUGUCACCUCGGGAAACUAUGUUAUGUUCUUCAGACUUUAUAAAACAGCUCCUAACUUGAACACGUGCCUUAUGGAUCUUUAUGUUGAAAAGAUGCGGUAUAAGGCUGUGAGUUGCAUAUCACGUUCAUAUCGCCCUACAGUACCUGUUUCAUAUAUUGCACAGGUUUUGGGCUUCCCCAGUGCAGCUGAAGGACAUGACCAGGACUCAGCUGGAUUAGAUGAAUGUAUUGAGUGGUUAAAAGCACAUGGGGCAUGCCUCACGGCAGAUGGUAGUGGAGAGUUGUUGCUUGAUACGAAGGCUUCUUCUUCUAGUCUAUACAUACCAGAACCUGAGGGUUCUGUGUCACACGGAGAUGCUACUCUGGCUGUUAAUGAUUUUCUGACACGGACAACCUUGUAGCGAAUGCGGUUGUAUCUAGUUGUAUUUUGAUUGCUUCAGUAAAAGAAAAAUCAUGGAAAUUGUGCAUCCCUCAACAAUAUGAUGUACAAAUUGAAGAUUUGGGUUAAUUUUCUGACUUGGAACUGAGAGGUCAAGCUGGCAGAGGGAUUGCCUGUAACUUUAGCAAGAGUAGUUGAUAGAUGUACAAAACGAAACACACGCACGAGGAAUAGAGCACAGAUUCCCCUUUAGAAUCGCAUUGCAGAGGGACAGAGAGAGCUAGAAAGAAGCACCUUAACAUAACGCUUUAGAUUCUUCCUUUUUGUCUUAUAAAACAAUGAUUCAUUUUUUAAUUGGGGAGGAUUGGAAAAUGUUAAAUAUUUUACUCAGAGAUGAGAAAUGAAAUAAGCACAAAUAGCUCUGUUGUAUGUUUUAUUAAUUACAAUUUAAUGAUUUUUUGGGCA